AUGUCUACUUCUGAACAUCCGUGGGUUAUCCGUGGUGUUUCCAGCCCACCCAUGCAAUGGGGCGCUGUCCGCAAUGGACGUCGUCAUGAAUGCCCUUAUUGUAAGGUUAUUCUCCUUACCGGGGAGAUACCGGGUUUCUGCUGUGGCACUCGCGGAAGUCGUCUGCAAGAUGUUCCCCCCCUACCUCCCUUGCCAGACGAAUUCAAUAUUUUCCUCAACCAUCCUCAAAUCUCCAAAGUCUCUCGUGCCCUCAAUCUAAUCUUCUCCUUCGCUUCCCUCGAGACAACCCAUGACUUUCCUUCCUAUAGUGGCAGUGCCAUGUUUGCCAUCCAAGGGAAGGUAUAUCAUCGCAUCCGUCCAAUGCAUCCGUCCUCUGCUAUGCGCUGGCUAUUGCACGACGGCUUUAUGAUGAGCUCCAUGCCUCGACGGGAUCUGGCUGAAGAUUUACCUUUAAUGUGGCUUCAAACCAUUCGAGACGCUCUCCAACGGGUCAAUCCAUUUGUACAGUAUGUACGCAUGGUCCAUGACAUGGCAGAGCAUGCUCCCCAGGCAUCCUUGGUUGUCAAUGAAACCGGCCCCUCCUCCGAGAUUGCGGCACUGAUAUCCCUUCACAACACCGCUGUCUCUGAUGUCUCAGGUCGACGCUUGGUCAUUUCCCGUCAGAAUAACUCCAACUACCGCAUCGCCAAUGUCAGUCGCCUGUGGGAGCCCCUCUCCUACCCACUUCUAUUUCCCCAUGCUACCCUUGGAUGGGGCCUCUUUGGCUCUGUCACUGAUGCGAAUGGUGCAGCGGUUCUUAAUGGGGACAUUGAUCGUGAAGCUACAACAACUCAAAUGUGGCAUUAUCGCGCUCGACUACUUCGUGAAGAGCGUUUCUCCAUCUUUGGCCGUCUCACUUGCGAGUAUUUGGUGGACAUGCAUACACGUGACCUUGAAAGCAGGUUGGCUUUCAUUCAAAGGUCCCUCGAGGACCGUCGAACUCGAGAGGAUGCGCAGUUGAUGGGGGAGGAAGAGGUUGAACCAAACGAGAACAUCUAUCUCCCUGCUUCUUUUCUGGGCUCACGAAAGUGGGCCUCCGAGCAAGUGUCUGACUCGCUGGCCAUUGCUGCUGCUCUCGGGACGCCCACCUUUUUUGUGACAAUGACCUGCAACCCCGAAUGGCCGGAAAUACAGUCGCAGCUUCGCCCUGGCCAAGACUACUCCGAUGUCCCAUUAGUCGUUGUACGCGUCUUCAAGCAAAAGGUCCGCCAACUCCUGAAGGCCCUGAAAACCAUGUUCCCUAAUGCAGGCUCCCCUAUCUACACCAUCCAGUGUGUCGAGUUCCAGAAACGCGGCCUACCUCACAUCCAUAUUCUCAUCAAAUACCGCCGCGACUGUUCUACUCCCCAGCACAUUGAUAGUGUAGUCUCUGCUGAGCUACCAAACGACCCAGUGGAUCGUGAACUCAUUCAGAAGUUCAUGAUGCAUAAUCACCCGCCCGAGAAUCGUCCCCCCUCGACAUAUUGCCAGAGAGAGCAAGCUGAUGGCUCUCGCAAGUGUCGAUUCAAUUACCCCUUCCCCAUUACCCCUACCACAACCAUCAGUCCCGAAGGACGUGUUUUCUAUCGCAGAAGAUCCGCCCAAGACUGUAUGGUGGUACCGCACUGUCUCCCCUUAAUAAGGAUGAUGAAGUGUCACAUCAACUUCGAAAUCGCUAGCACUUCACACCUCUUCCAAUACCUAUUCAAGUAUAUUCACAAAGGACCCGAUCGAGCUCGUUACCGUAUACUUGAUGACAACAAUCCGGAGGUCAUCAACGAGAUUGAAGACUUCUGGAAUGCGCGGUACUUAUCUGCUGGAGAGGCUGCAUGGCGCAUCCUGGGAUUCAGAAUUACCCAAAAGGACCCCUCUGUGACCGCUCUUCCUGUCCACGAUCAAGAUAACAUCCGGAACCAACGUUACUCACGACGUAGCGAUGAAGGCUCCCUAUCCAAGCUGGAGCGGUAUUUCCUGCGCCCUGACGGGACCUUCCUAUAUGAAGGCCAGACACGCAACUUUGACGACCUCACCUACACCGAAUACUUCACCCUGUUCCGAAUCGAUCCCUACAACCCCGAAAAAGAUGGCCAUCCAAGAUAUUACCGCGAGCGCCCGAAUGGUUUGGACGCUCCCCGUAUGCAUGUCAUCUUGCGUGCCGGUUCCAUUACACAUCUUGCAAGGAUCCAGAACGUGCGACAGACCCAAGGCCAGACUUUCUAUUUGCGCGCGAUUCUAACUCAGAGGGCCGCCAGAUCUUAUGAAGACGUCAGAACCGUCAACGGCGUUCAAUUCAGAACGUACCAGGAGGCUGCCAUUGCAAUGGGUAUCUUCACCGAUGACGACGAAGCUAUCUUUGCGAUCGCCGAAGCCAUUGCAGCAUUGAGGACACCUCGCGAAAUACGUGUUCUCUUCGUGCAUCUCUUGGUCAAUGACUGUGUCCCCGCUCCUUUGUUAGUCUGGGAUGAGUUCUGGGAAUCACUGGCUUACGAUUUUACCCUUCGCAACAACGGCAAUAUCGAUCUUGGGAGGAACGAGGCCCUCCAAGAGAUGGGCCAUUAUCUCGGGGAGCGUUGGUCGGGUCGAGAACAGGAGCUAAAUGCUCAGGCAGAAGCGAGUAGACGACUUUUUAAUGACGAGCAAAGCCAGGUGUAUGAGACCAUCAUGGAAGCGAUCGAGAUGAAGAUUCCGUUGAGUUUAUUUGUCGAUGGAAAAGCGGGUACGGGGAAAACAACCGUUAUUCGUGCGCUAUGCAAUAAGCUCCGUGCCCAAGGCCGUGUUGUCCUUCCAACAGCGUCGUCUGCUUUUGCCGCUCAACUUUACGAUGGAGGGAGGACCACACACUCUACCUUUAAGGUUAGCGAUAAAGUCUUUCAAGAGAGAAUUGUCGACUCACUUACAUUCAAGGUCCCCGUCAAUGAAAAGAACGAGAUGCUUCAGUCCCCCAUUCGCUCAACAGAUGCCCGUGCUGAACUGAUACGAGAAGCAUCUCUGAUCAUAUGGGAUGAAGCACCUAUGGCAAAUCGAGCGGUUCUUAGUUGCGUCGAUGAUGUUCUGAGGGACGUCAUGGGAACCGACAUACCCUUUGGAGGCAAAGUCAUUGUUCUGCUUGGUGACUUCAGACAAACAUGCCCCGUUGUUCGAGGAGGGUCCCGCGCCGAAGUGGUUGCCGCUUCAAUAAAGUCUUCGCCCCUGUGGAGGUAUUUCACCAUAGCCCGUCUCAUCCACCCCAUUAGGAAUGCCGAAGAUCCUGAAUUUGCGACAUUUGUCAACGCGAUCGGAGAUGGAGGCGGUCCCGACAUACCUUUGACCGGUCUACGCACUGUCACUGAAGAGAGCGACCUGACAUCCUUUGUCUUCCCAGACGAGAUCCUUCUCCAUCCCACCAACUGCGUGAAACGCGCCAUAUUGGCCCCGACGAACAGGCAGGUCGACAGAUACAACACGUUGAUCUUGAACCGUCUUCCCGGUCAUAACAAAACAUAUUACGCGGCCGACAAACUGAAGGAGGUGGAAGAUGCUGAGGUACCAGCCCCGGAGGCGGUGUUGGACUAUGUAAUGCGUCAUACACCGCCUGGUUUGCCUCCUCAUGCCGUGUCGGUGAAGGUGGGGUCCGUUUGUCGACUGUUGCGCAACUUCUCAAUCGAUAGAGGACUCGUGAAGAAUGCUCGGGUUUUGGUGAAGGGAGUAGGCACGCGACUCAUAACCGUUCAAAUUGUGCGUGAGAGCGGGGUGCAAGAAGGCGAAGAUAUCUUGAUCCCCAGGAUAACAUUCGAAGCGAAUUUGUAUUCAGGACAUACACUGUGUCGACGGCAGUUCCCGUUAGCUCCAGCGUACGCGACGACAUUCAAUAGCUGUCAAGGACUCACUCUCGAUCGUGUUGGCAUCGACUUGACUUCGCCGGUGUUCUCCCAUGGACAACUGUACACCGCGAUGUCUCGAAUUCGGAAUCGACACCACGCCAUUGUUCGAAUGGAUGAAGGGCAGGCUUCGACUACAAAUGUAACUUACUUAGAGAUUCUUGAAUGA